AUGGAAAGCACUUUAUAUCUGCAGAACUCUUCUUCAACCAAUUCAACUCCCACAGUUUUACCACAAGGCCAAACUCCUGAAGUUCUUGAUCAUCCACAUGUGGUUAUUAUAUGUACAAUACUGGGCGUGGCUAGCCUUGUGGGAACUCUCGGCAACGCCUUAGUUUUAUGGUCCAUAAUCAAGUUUGAGAACUUAAGAACCAUAGCGGACUUAUUCAUUUUCAGCCUAUCACUAUCAGAUAUCCUUGUCACAACAACGUAUCAACCAUUGAAAGCAUAUCGGGCUGCGCAGUCACAAGAGGCUAAUUUAUCCUUGGUAUCUUUCUCAAGGUUCCUUGGGUAUUUAUCGCUCACUGCAUCAAUUACAAACAUGUUUGGGGUGACUGUGGAGCGUCUUAUUUCCAUUCGCUUUCCACUGAAAUAUGACCAGAUUGUAACAAGGAGACGGGCUAUUAUCACUGUUAUCUGCAUUUGGGUAUUUUCAGUUACUAAUGGAAUAAUUUAUACCAGGGGAUAUAUGUCAGGGUUUUAUCUUGCAAUGUACUUCAUAUUAACCAUCGCCGGGAUAGGAAUGAUCUACGCUUACAUAUUUUACAUAGCCAAAAGACUGGAGGAUGUAGUGAUACAAGCGCAAAACCGCUUUGUUGGUGGCAGUGAACGUAAAGCGGCCAAAACUAUCAUCAUUCUUCUUGGAGUGGCAAUUGCAUGUUGGGUUCCGUUUUUAAUCAGUUUGAAACUUUUAUCGAAAAAUGAUGUGAGAUCCAAGUGGAUCUUCUACUUAGCACAAGCCUUGGCAACAUGCAAUUCAUCAAUUAACCCUUACAUAUACUGCGUAAGAAGUAGCAGGUAUCGCAAACCGUUUGUUAAAUUGCUUGGGUUGCGUAAGGUUGAUAUCGCGCGAGAAACUUGGACACCUGCUUAUCUCCCAAAUACUGAUAUA